AACAUGAAUCUUGGACUUGGGAGUACGCUGCUGCCUGGUGAUCCUCGGCUGAUCGAUCACAUCGUCGGCGAGGUCAAGUCUCAGGGAAUUUUCGAUCAAUUUAGAAAGGAGUGCAUCGCCGACGUUGACACAAAGCCAGCAUACCAAAAUCUCCGCACCCGUGUAGAGAGUUCAGUGAAUUCAUUUCUCUACAAGCAACGUUGGCGUGCCGACUUGAACAAAAAUCAACUUCGAGAAACCCUCCGCAAGCACAUCUCCGACGGCCCAUAUCUGGAUAUGGGAGUUGAGCGAAUAGUCGAUCAAGUGGUGAACCCGAAGAUCUACUCGGUGUUUAUGCCCCAAGUGGAGGACGUGGUGCAUGAAUUUUUAGGGCUGGAGAAGCCAAAGCGUGAGAAAAAUGGUGACUGUGGAUUUAAAGACCUCCUGCCCAAGGAUCUGGACCCAGUGUCGCCCGAGUCAGACAAGAACAGCUUGAAGGAUAUCUCCCUGGACUCUGUGGACGCAAAUUUGAUAGUACCUGGGGAGGAAGAGGGGCCAAGCAUAAAGCGAGAGCUUGAGGAGUCCGAAAUGAAGGUCGAAGUGAAGACAGAGGAAUUAUCCCACGUGGAGAACGACCUCAGCAAUGGGCGAAUGGAGGAGGAAGCCGAGAGGUCCCUGGACGAGCCAAUGGACCUCGAAGGAAACACCCCACCUCCUCCUGACCUGAACGAUUCAGCGCAGUUGGAGGACAAGGAGGAGGAGGAAGAGGACAGCCCGGUAUUCGAGCCUAUCGACAUAAUGAACUUGAACGAGUCCAACAUCUCCAACGAUUCCCAUCUCUCUGGGAUCUCCGAGCUGACGAGCCACAGGUCAAGAAGUCCCGCUUAUUCAAAUGACUUUUCUCGAGAUAACUUUGACUUUUCGAAUCAAGACUCACAAUUGAGUAAAGUCUCGUCAGACUCUCGAUUAUCCAUCGUUACUGAUUUUGGGUCGUCUAAUCAACCGACUCCCGUCCCAGAUCUGCCGAAGGACGACAGCAGCAAGGAUAAAUUUCCAAGGGAGAGUUUCAAGGAGAUUCCAUGUGAAGGGGAUCAGCUGAAGGAUAAUAAAAUGGAGAUUAAGCAGAAGGAGAAUUUGUUAGAGAUGAAGGACGGAAGUGACACGAGAAGCUCGAAGACUAACCUGUCCUCCAAGGAGUCCUCUCGUGACGGUAUGGAGAGUGUCAAGGAGAAGUCCGGGCACAAGUCGAAGGAGAAAAUUCGUGAUCUUGGAAAAUCGAAGACCUCGAAGGAAAGGCCGGAGUCGAGGAGUCGCAGAGAUCGUGAAAAAGAUAAGAAGAAAUCUUCGCAUGUUGAUAGACCUGAGAGCUCUGAUAAGAGAACGAGAGACAAAUCUGAAAAUUCGAGGGACUCCACCGAGAGAAUCAAGGAGGCUAGGGAGAGCAGAGACGUUAAAGAGAAUAAAGACACUCCGACAAAGGUGAAGGAGGAAAAGCCGAAGGAAUCGCCCAGUAAGGAAGGAAAGGAUUUGAAGGAUAUUUAUAAGGAGAAAAUACGAGAAUUGAGGGAGAAGAAGGAAUUAACCGAAAAGGAGAAGUUGAGUAAGGACAGUAAAGAGAGCAAAGAGUCCUCCAAGGAUGCCAAGUCCUCCAAGGACUCCAAAGAAAAGCGAGAUUCCUCAAGAGAUAAAGAAAAGCACAGGAGCUCUUCCUCCAGGACUCACAGCUCGAGUAGACAUGAGAGCAGAUCCUCCAAGUCCUCCAGAGACGACUCAAAAUCCUCCAAAAAUGAGAAGGAAAAAGCAAAACGAGAAGACAGCCAUCGUUCCAAGGAUGGAAAGAGUAAAGUAGAGUCAGAGUCCAAUGAAAAAUCUGAAAAAUCAGAGUCCAAAAAAUCUUCCAAAUAUGAGAGAGAUGAGAAAUCGGAAAGCAAGGACUCGAAGACCUCCCAGAAAUCCACCAAAAAGGAGUCUAAAUCGGACUCGAAGACCUCGGAAAGAUCAGAGAAACGUGAGGACAAAGAGGGAAAAGAUAAAAGACGAAAGGAGGAAAAGAAAUCAAAAUCGAAGGAUGACCACUCCAGCCUGAGAAAGGGUUCCAACGAUCGCAGAUCAUCUGAUCGCGAUGGAUCAAGUGGCUCCAGUGGAAGAGGCUCCCAGAAGAGCGCUUCCAGCCCCAGUGCUUCGUCAUCAAAGCCCACGGCCUCACUAGGGAAAGACUCGAGUACCAACAGCAACUCCAGCAGCGAAACUUCAGACGGCAUCGACGAGCCGCAAACUGAAGAACUUAAACCCUCCGAGCCUGACAUGCCUCAGGUAACGGAAACGAAAGUUGAAAUUCAAGAGAAAAAAAUUGAGAUUGACGAGCCUGAGGGAAUCCCUCCCAAGCGAAUCGAUCUAGGCCAAUCUGAACUAUGUCUUCCGUUGAAAAAACGCCCCCUCCAGAGUGAGGACCUUCUUCCCCGCCCUAAUGAACCACUAGUGAAGAAGUCCAAGUUGACGAAGAAUUUCCCCGAGACGAAAAAACCAAUGAAGAUGAGGAAAAAAAUUGACAGAGAUCACUCAAAGGACCAGCCUUCGGUGGAAAGCACAUCUCCAGUGUCUGAACUCUCGGAAGUAUCUGAAGCAGAGGGUGAAGUACAUCGGCCAGUGCCUGACGAGGAACGAGUGCAGAUAAUCGAAGUGCAAGCUGACGAGGAGGACGAGCCAUACCCUGGGACAAAGUGUAGUUACAACCUGGAGGAUAACUCUAAGAUAAUCCUGUCUGGAAACGAGAUACUGAGCGGUGAGAUUGUCACUGAGAUCAAAACAAAGUCAACCCUGUCAGACAUGGAAUUAUCGAUAAGACAGUCACUGACUGAGAUGAUCUCGGAUAACAUUCAGGAGAGCAGUGGCAAGAGUGUUGAGGGUGUUACGACUCCUGAGGCGACACCAGGAUCUGCGAAGAGCGAGCCAUCAGGGGAUUACACGUGUGUUGAAAAAAUCGAAUUGAAAGCUGAAGUUGGAGAGGAACAGGAAAUGGAAUCGAAAAAGGAACAGGUGAAGGUUGAAUAUCCUGAGGAAGCAGUCCCCCGGAGCUUAAUGGCGCCCCUAGGAAACUCCAAGGAAGUGGAAGAGGAGGCGCAGAAGGCCUUGGGGCCUCCAGAACCUCUCCCCACUCCAGGAACAUCUUCGAAAAAUCUAGAACCGUCAGACGACGAGGAGGACUGUCGCUACUUCCUGGUCGACAAUGAAAGACUGAACAGAUUCACAGCAUUCAUGAGCUCCCUGGGUCUCAUCGAGGACUUCCCUAGUAAUGCUGCUCCCGAAAAACCUUCCCAUCCCCUGGUGGAAUGCCCAGAAGCCAGAACCAUGGCACCACCCUUGCCCAAACGAAAAUACUCGACGAGUCCCCUAUCAGACAUUCUCCUCAACAACUCCAACAACAACAACGAGGGCCACAAGCUGGAGACAACGAUAUAUCAAGAGGAGGGGCAAACAGCUGCGAAAAGGAAGAAACUGGGAAGGCCGAGGAAGCAGAGACUUAGUGUUAACUCUCCAAGCCCCCAUAUGAUGAACGGCGAGAAUUUUGUACUCCCCAUGAGUCCGGAAAGUGAUGCCUCAGCCACUAGUGACAAAACUCCUAGCUCUCUGAAGGAUGAGCGCAAUCGUUCGCGAGGAAACAAUCAACGAUACACCAGUGAUGAUUUGUAUAAGCCACGUCCACUGUUCGCCAGUUCUUCGAGGAGGAGCAGAAGGUCCAAUCCAUAGCUGUUAGCGGUCAGGGGAGAUUGGAGGCCACCGAUUGCCGUAUAAAAUCGUAAUUAAUCGUGACAAGUACGAGUUUAUAUUUUUUUACAAAGAAAAUCACCUUCGGUUUAUCGGUUCGCUUUUACGUUGGUAUAUUGUACAUAUAGAUAGAUUAAUUUUCGAAUAAUCAAGGACUGAGGACUAUCAUAGGUAGAAUUAUGUGAGUAGUAUGAUAAAUUAGUGGUGUAGAAGGGGCUAUCAAACUUCGAACUUAGUCAAAUUUCAAUAGGUGAUGGAACGAGUUCACGAAGUUUUCUAAUAGUAUUUUUAGAAUUUAAUGUAUACUUCUAUGAAAAAAUUAAAUUUAUUCAUAAAAAACAAAUUCUGUGACUUUCUGAGGGCUACGAUUUUUUAUUGUGUUUAUAUUAACACGAGACACAUUUGAAAAAUGGACGAAUUGUUCAUCAACGGAUGAAAAAAUUGCCAUUAAUAAAUUUUUGAUCUGCUAAAAAUCUUGUCGAAUUUUGUGAUCAUGUCUUCUGUGAGGAAAAUUGAAUAAACUCAUCACAUUUAACAGUAGAAUUUUAUUCUUCACAAUUUUUCUUUAAUAAAACAGCUAGUUUCAUACAGAAUGUUCAACAUCUCCCAUGAAUAUUAUGAAAUAUAUUUAAUUGUGGAAGUUUAGCCCUUCCCAUACAGAUAUUCCCCUUAAUUAGUCAUAAAGAUAAUGGUAAUGGCCAAUAAAGAGAUUUUUUAUUCGAUUCGACACAAUUGAGAGUUUCUUAAUCGACUCGGGCUGCACAGGACCGUCACUCUAGGGAGCUUAGUGUCAGCCAGAAACCAGUUUCACUCGUCGUCACGAGAUUUCUUCUGCUGAAUUUAAUUGGCACUGCAGUUUUAUCGUUAAUUCCUAUUUUGUGGUGUCGUAAAAAGGAUAUUACACCGAUCUUCGUCUGCAGAAGGGCGAACUUCAUUCCUGUGGAUUUGAAAAACAUUGGGUUUCCUUUCUCCAUCAAAAAAUACCCACCAAUGCAGUUGCGAGGACCCUCGCCGAAGGGUAGAAACGUGUAUGGAUGUCUCGUCGCUUUAUUCUCCUCGCUGAAUCUCUCAGGAUCGAAUGUGUCUGGUGAUGGAUAAUACUGAGGAUCAUGAUGAAUCCCAUAGACAGGAGUUACCACUCGCAUACCCGCUGGCAACACCACGUCUGUUUCCGGGAUUUCGUAAGGGUAUUCACAUCGUCUGGAGAGGAUUGGAGCUAAUGGAUACUUCCUCAGGGUUUCUAGGACGAAGAAUUCGUGAAAAUAUUUCUCUUCCAACAAUUUCUUAAUUUAUUAGUCACAUCGCUGAACGAUCUUUGAGGGUUCUGACUUCACCUCGAAGACUAUAAAUUGCUCCUCAUCGCGUUGCAGUAGAAUACUGCUGGAGGGAUUACCUUACCUAGAAGAACUUUAUCAAGAUACUUCAUGUCAUGGACGGCUUCGUACGUUAAUUUUCCAUCUGCGGCCUCGAUAGCAUCGCAGAUUUCUUCUCGCACUUUCUUCUGAAUCUCGGCAUUGAGAGCCAGCUCGUACAAACAGAAGGCUAUUGUGGUGGAGGAGGUCUCAUGUCCAGCGACGAAGAAGACGAAUGCCUGUGCCGCAAUAAUAUUCUCGUCGAGAACUGCAGAAUGUUAAUGGGGAAGUUAACGAGGAAAGAUCGAGGGAAAUUUUUUUAAUGAAAUAUUAUGCAUCGAUUCAUCAGCUACAAUUCUCACCAAAAUCAUCAGCCUUGUCGUCAUCAUCUCCUCCAGCUGUCCCUCCAGUCGCGUAAUCACCCUCCAGGAAACCCUUGUUCUUUAGUUCGACCAGCAGAUCCAUAAAAUCGUGCCUCCGUCCCCCCUCCUGCUCCCUCUGCUUGAUCAUCUGCGAGACGACAUCCUUGAAGAAUACCGUGACCUCGGGAUUGAUCACCUGGACCCCCAGAAACCGGUAAACCCCUGGCAACGAUGUCCUCAGCAUUCGCCACAAGGCACUCUUGUAGCUCGGUACUGACAGUUUUUUCGCUGCCCUGUGGAACUCCGAUUCCUCGUUAGUCAAUGCGUUCAUCUGUAUGCCGAAGGCGCAACUACCAAUGACGUCAAUGCUGAACUUGGCAGCCAGUCCACGCACCUCAACGACACCUCCAGAUGCUUCAAUUAAUUUUUCAAAUUUAUCAUGACACUCAGCGAGGAGAUAGAACAUCCGCUUGAUCUUGGAGGAGGAAAAAAGUGGAGUUAAUUUUGAUCGCAAUCCCUUCCAUCUCUUUCCCUCGAGAUUGAAUAAAUGCGCUGAUAAGGGAUCCUGAGAAUUCACCGGGAUUCCCCGAUUAGUGAAGCAUGAAAAAUCUUUCACAUAAAUCGCUUUUAUCAGUUCGGGAUCGCGAAGAAUUAGAAUUGGUGAUCGCACUCGGAAUACACCGAAGAAUCGUGAGUUUGGGAACCAAUUGUACAUCUCCUUGAUUCCUUCCGCCUGGGACUUCCGGAACAGCAGGAGAUCCCGGAAGUUGCCGAAGAGAAUCGCGGGCUUCCUGAACGGAACUUUCAGUUUCAACCAAUAAUCAAAGGUCGCUGUUAAGUACAGGUACAACACGCCGAGGAUGAGUCCGGGUAAGAAAAAUAAA